UUUUGGUGUCGCUCAAAAGUCAUUGCCAUUUAUACUGACAUCGUUACUGGAACUAUUUCAGGCAGUAGAGCUUUACCUAAAAAGACCUCCUGAUGUGGAAGCAUACAGAAAACGACAUCCUGCGAAGAUAAGGAGAACGGUAUUCGUUUUGAGAGAUUCUUUACGAAGUUCUAUAUACAGAAUAACUGAGACUUUCCAACAACACAUCAGUAACAUCAAACUGUCAACAAGUAACAAGGAAUUUUUGGUAUCUUUCCUGGAGUUCCAGAACUGAAGAGUUCUGCUUAAGCUAAGGCGCCAAAUUAAAAGACGAAUUCAAAGAAGAUUUUCUCUACAUGAUUUGGCCAUGAGAAUUGAGAAUUGGGUGUUUCUUUCCAGAAUGAUGAACUUCGCCACCACGGGAAAGAUUAUGUACCAUAUGAUAUGUAUUACAUGAAGUACUCUACUUACAAUGCAUGAUUAUUUCUUGUAAAUUUUAAUAGCUUUUCUGUUUAAAUCACAAAUGCUUUUAUAAUUAAACCAUGUAGAUGGUUUCACAAAUCUUUAGAUAAAUAGAUAUAUGUACGUCAAGCCAGAGUCAAGUACGGUUCAGUCGGGAAAGAUGGUCACGCUCCAGUUGAUGCUCCAUUAUUAUGUCAGCCAAAAUGGUCGAUGGCGGAACAUUCAAUUAUGAUUUGUGAUCAGAUAUAUUAAACAACGAUUGUUUCGGUAUGUAAAGAAGUUAAUAUCAAUGGCACUUUAAAAUAUGGAAAGCAGGAUCGCGUUUAUGAGCAGUGCCUAAGGGACUAAGUAUCUAAUUUUUGCCGCCGAAAUUCUAAAAAGAUACAAAUGAUCAGCAGAUGUAUUUUGAUGCAACGUUCGUUGGUUUUAUUUUUCUUAUCUCUCGUCUCUGUCACUUUUCUCUGGAUUCAGAUUUCUAUGUACAAUAAUAUAAAUCGUGGGAAACAGAGUUUUCUUGUUAACAUCGCUCCAGCGUGGAUUUCAAGCAAACACAAGGAUUUGAAAAAAACUGGACAGAAUUUACUUUCACUGCUGGAUGACUUCCUUGAAACAUGUUCCGAGAAUCGUAUCACAAUAAUUAUCAUUGAUCCGACAGUUUUGAAGAGUGUCCUAGAUGACGUGAAUUCCCAAAAGACACACCAUAGAAAAGGAUGCUAUCAUUUUUGUCAAAAACCUAUAAUCACUCUAGGUGUGCUUGAAUCUCGAUUGAAUCCAAGUGGUUUAAAUGCCCGGGUAUUGCACAGUUUGAAAGAAAAAAAAAUUGUUUAUACAAGUGUGACAGGUCAAGAUCCUAGACUUAUUAAACUAAAUGGCACAAUGGAAAAACUCGUACCAUUCCAUUAUUUAUUUACUCGUCUUGAUGUUAUCAUUCAUGUGAUAGUAUUUUAUGAUAGAAAAGCACUUGGCUUAUGGCAUGGCUCAAUUUCAUGGAAAGACUUCGCUAUCAAUCUGGACAAAAAAUUGAUUUCUUAUUAUUUUCAUAAUGAAAGUGUUCUUAAUAGAUUCUCUUUGGAUAUUUCAACUGUUGACGGUUAUACAAUCAGAUUACCUUCUGAAAUUGACGAGUUUCUGAAGAAUUUAAACACUUCCCGAUAUUUGCCUUGUAACAUGAAACGAGCAAGACAAUUUUAUUCCAAAUAUGGAGAUGAUGGGACAUCAAAGGCAGGAACGUUUAGAAAGCGCGGGAAAGAAGUGUUGAAGAUUGCGAAAAUUAUUUUAGACGAUCUAAGAGUGAGAUUUUGGCUUAGUAGUGGAACAUGUCUGGGUUGGUUCCGACAAUGUAGUGUUAUCUCUCAUGGUAAAGAUAUGGAUAUUGGAAUGUGGAUCACUGAUUAUAAUAAGCAACUUAUUGAUGAAUUCCAAAAUAAUGGAUUGUACUUAGAGCAUUUAUUUGGAAGGGUCAAUGAUAGUUUUCAGAUGUCAUUUAAGACAGUUGAUGAUAUUAAGUUGGAUAUUUUCUUCUUUUAUGAAGAAGAAACUUACAUGUGGAAUGGAGGGACUCAGGCCAAAACUGGAAAAAAAUUCAAGUACAUUUUCCCCAACUUUUCAUUAUGUUGGACAGAAUUUCUCGGAAUGAAAGUUCGAGUACCAUGUCAAACAUUAUCUUACAUUGAGGCAAAUUACGGGAAAUCCUGGGCUGAGCCAGUCAAACAUUGGGACUGGAAAAAAAGUCCAUCAAAUGUUAUUGAAAAUGGUGAAUGGGAUGAAAAAGACUGGCCAGAUGUUAUUCAAUUUUUUGAGAUUCAGUAAAAUAUUUUGCAAUGAUAUUCCCUUAUUAUACAAAGAAUGUAUAUGUAUAUAGACUAACUUUUGGUUUGUAA